AUGACUCUAACCAAGAUCUUCGUGACCGGUGCUACAGGCUACAUCGGCGGCACAAUCGUCGAUCGACUGAUCAAGCAUCCCGAAUUCAAAUCGUUUGAGAUCACUUGCCUCGUCAGAAAACCCGACCAGGCGGAGAAACUUCAGACUCUAGGCCUGAAGACUGUCACAGGCGACUACUCGAGUCUCGACGUCCUCACUGAGGCAUCGUCGGAUGCCGAUGUCGUCUUUGCCAUGGCAAGGCCAAGUUCCGACGACUAUCCUGCCGCCAAAGCGAUCCUGGACGGGUUGAAGAAGCGUUUCGAGAAGACAGGCACCCCACCGGUUCUGAUCCAUACGACUGGGACAGCCUUUGCCGUGGAGCUCGUCAAUGGGAUGCACGACAAGGUCAACAAGGUGUACAAUGACCUCGACUCGGCCAGUAUCGAGGCAAUUCCAGCGGACGGUAUCCACAGAAACGUCGAUAUCCCACUGGUACAGGCAGACAAGGAAGGCUAUGUCAGGGUCUACCUCAUGGCGCCUGGUGUCAUCUUUGGAGUCCCAAAGGGAGCACUGGUCGAUCUCGGAAUCCAGCAGAAGAAAAGUAUCGCCAUCUCCGCCUUGUUCGAGGCAUCUGUCGACAGAAAGCGAGCUGGUUACAUUGGUGGAGGAAAGAAUGUAUGGCCCGCUGUCAGCCUCCGAGAUGUCGCAGCAUUGUAUCUCCUCGCCUUUGACACGGCUCGAGAGAACCCAGAGGCACUUGGACACGGCCGCGACGGAUUCUACAUCGCAGAGAAUUGCGAGUGGAGGCCCUUGGAGAUGAUGACAGCCGCUGGCAAGAUCCUAGUCGAAUAUGGGAUUGCAGACGGCGCGGAGCCUACACCUUUUUCAAAGGAAGAAGAAAUCAAGUAUUUCGGGACAUUCGCGCCCCUCCUCGCCUCGAACUGUGGAGCCAGAGGCGAUCGCUCUAGGACCCUGGGAUGGACCCCUGUCGAUGGAAAGGAAGAGUUGCUCCAGAGCGUUCGUGAAGGGCUGCUCUUGCACCUUCCCCAGGAGAAGAAGCAGUGA